GAACAAACUCCCCGCCGGCUUCUGUGAUUGGCUUGGCAGGGGCGCCCGUGUAGUACGUGCUGCCCGCCUUCAGGACAAUCUGUACCGUUCUGUUGACCUCGCCGAUGUUCUGCCGGAGGAGAGAACGAGGGAGUUAAGUUGAAGCAGAAGUGAGGAAGUGCAGGAAGGGAAGGAGGGAGCCGUCACACCUCUUGAGGAAGUGUGAGGCUGCAACGUCCUGAGGCUUCCUUAUAUACCCACCCAACCCGCCAACCGCUCAUCGUUCCUUUAGAUCCAGACUCCUGCUGGUGGCGCUGGUGGUGGCGGUGGCCGUGGUGGACGUGAAUGGUUCUCGCUACUACGGAGGGGGAGGCGGCACCGGCGGCUAUCACGGUUGUGCAGUGAAAUACGUAGUGUCGACGAAGACGGAGACGACGACAGCGACGAGUACUAAGACGGAAACGAAAACGGAAACGGAGACAACAACUGUUCUCCUGAAGAAGUUCAUCACUGUUGCCAACGGUUACGGUGGUGGAGGCAGCGGCUAUCAUUACGGCUAGUGUGGCAAACCCCUCUACCACACUCCACCACACUACCGCUCUCCUGCCCAGUUUCGGCCGCCCUGACCCCCUGCCCGCCACCCGUCCGCCCUCGCCACACCACCACGCCCACACCCACGCCCACAGCUCCUCCUUGCUCUCCACCUAGGCAGUUAGUGAGGAGGGAGGAGGCCGUGUGGUAAAGAAGGAGGGGCCUCACACAGUCACGCUGGUGCAAAGAACCUCCAGUAAUCCACGCAAGUCACUGCAGGGCACCAACUCUUUUUUUUGCACCUACAUCCAGGAUUGUGUCAGGCUGAGGCGACUUCUGCUGCUCAGGAAUUACUGGGCGGUCAAGGCCAGUAACUUUAAUGACACCUGUGACCCGCAGGAUGUCAUGAUGGGCAUGUUCUCCUGGGAAUCUUGUCACAGGCAGCCACACAAGUGCUUGGAGGAGGACAAGAGCCAGGAGUCGGCAGCCCCAGGCACGCUGAGGGACCCAAGAUCCUUGCCCUUGAAAGCCUGCCACGUCAGGCUGGAGAAGAUGGAUGCCAGGGCCAUCCGUCAUGCUGCCCAGACAGGAAAGCCUUGCCAGAGUAACCAGGAAGAGACUCGACAAACUUCUGCCUUCCCCUGUGAUGUCUUAGAGCCUUCCUCUGAUAGCGCCCCACACAGUCCCGUGCACGACCACCACGCCAGCCCAGAACCUGCCAGUAAGGUGAAGCGUUUGGCACCCAAGAGGAAGAGAAUGCAACAAGCAAGAUGGCACCAAGAAAACAAUGCCCUUGAUACAUCUGUUGAGUCGGCAAGCACCAGCAGACAGCAAGCCAGGGAGAGGCGCAGGAACGGCAGGGUUGUGAAGAGGAGGAGGGCGAUGCAUUUGGGGAUGGCUGAGGAAGAGGAGGAGGAGGAGGAGGAUGAACCUAUCCAGAGAAGAGUAAUAAGAUCAAGGCCUGUGUUGCCGCAUCCCAUAUCUAAGGUGCAGCCGAAGAAAACAGGCCAGCUAAGGAGAAGCAGGACUGGUGAGGUGCAGCAGGAACCUGUCACCGUUGAUAAGAAGAUUGGAGGUGGCAUGUGGCGAGGGAUUAUGUCCUCCGAUAAUGAAGACCCAGAAUGUGAAGCAGUGAUCACCAUGCACUCGUCUGAUGAGGAGAGCCUGUUUUCCGAAGAGAAGUGCCUCUUUUCCCUGUCAGAGAACUCACAGGGCAGGGAGGCUGAUGGUAAUAGCCUUUCCUUCAUGAGCGAGAGGCAGGAGGCCACACACUCAUGCCUGCCAGACAGGGACACACCAGCAGGGAAGCCAGACAAAGCCACACCACCAGAACAGGCAGAUCAGGACACACCAAGAAGGCAGCCACAGGUAAACAGACACACACCAUCAAGAGGGCAGGCAGAUGCAGAUUGUGAAGCAGUGAUCAUGUACUCGUCUGAUGAGGAGAGCCUGUUCUCCGAAGAGAAGUGCCUCUUUUCCCUGUCAGAGAACUCACAGGACAAGGAGGGCAAUGGUAAUAACCCUUCCUUCAUGAAGGAGGGGCAGGAGGCCACACACUCACGCCUGCCAGGCGGACCCACACCAGCAGGGAAGCCAGACAAAGCCACACCACCACCAGAACAGGCAAACCAGGACACAUCAGGAAGGUGGCCACAGAGCCACACGCCAAGAACACAGGCAGAUCAGGACACACCAGGGAGAGUAAAGAUAAACAGACGCACACCACCAAGAAGACAAGCAGGAAAGGACAACACAUCACCAGAACAUUCAGAGGAGGACACCACAUCAAGGGGACAGGCAGGGAAGAGCACCACAAGAAGAAGACAGGAAGAAAGAGACACAUCACCAGAAUAUUCAGAGGACACCACAUCAAGGGGACAGGCAGGGAAGAGCACCACAAGAAGAAGACAGGAAGAAAGAGACACAUCACCAGAAUAUUCAGAGGACACCACAUCAAGGGGACAGGCAGGGAAGAGCACCACAAGAAGACAGGCAGAGAGAGACAUGUCACCAGAACAUUCAGAGGAGGACAUCACAUCAAGGAGACAGGCAGGGAAGAGCACCAAAAGAAGAAGACAGGAAGAAAGAGACACCACAUCACCAGAACAUUCAGAGGACACCACAUCAAGGAGACAGGCAGGGAAGAGCACCACAAGAAGAAGACAGGAAGAAAGAGACACAUCACCAGAACAUUCAGAGGACACCACAUCAAGGAGACAGGCAGGGAAGAGCACCACAAGAAGACAGGCAGAGAGAGACAUGUCACCAGAACAUUCAGAGAAGGACAUCACAUCAAGGAGACAGGCAGGGAAGAGCACCACAAGAAGACAGGCAGAGAGAGACACAUCACCGGAACAUUCAGAGGAGGACAUCACAUCAAGGAGACAGGCAGGGAAGAGCACCACAAGAAGAAGACAGGAAGAAAGAGACACCACAUCACCAGAACAUUCAGAGGAGGACACCACAUCAAGGAGACAGGCAGGGAAGAGCACCACAAGAAGACAGGCAGAGAGAGACACAUCACUGGAACAUUCAGAGGAGGACAUCACAUCAAGGAGACAGGCAGGGAAGAGCACCACAAGAAGACAGGCAGAGAGAGACACAUCACCGGAACAUUCAGAGGAGGACAUCACAUCAAGGAGACAGGCAGGGAAGAGCACCACAAGAAGAAGACAGGAAGAAAGAGACACAUCACCAGAACAUUCAGAGGACACCACAUCAAGGAGACAGGCAGGGAAGAGCACCACAAGAAGAAGACAGGAAGAAAGAGACACAUCACCAGAACAUUCAGAGGACACCACAUCAAGGAGACAGGCAGGGAAGAGCACCACAAGAAGACAGGCAGAGAGAGACAUGUCACCAGAACAUUCAGAGAAGGACAUCACAUCAAGGAGACAGGCAGGGAAGAGCACCACAAGAAGACAGGCAGAGAGAGACACAUCACCGGAACAUUCAGAGGAGGACAUCACAUCAAGGAGACAGGCAGGGAAGAGCACCACAAGAAGACAGGCAGAAAGAGACACAUCACCAGAAUAUUCAGAGGAGGACACCACAACAAGGGGACAGGCAGGGAAGAGCACCACAAGAAGAAGACAGGAAGAAAGAGACACCACAUCACCAGAAUAUUCAGAGGACACCACAACAAGGGGACAGGCAGGGAAGAGCACCACAAGAAGACAACAAGCAAAAAAGAGCACCUCAUCAAGGGAGCCCCAGCAAGCGAUCACAUCCAGAGGCAAGCCAGAUGGAGCCACCAGCCCCAAGACCAGCUCCUCAAGGCAAGACACUUCCUCCCCAGGCCGCUCUGAGAAGUGUCCCUUGUUCCUCAGUCCCCCUAACCGUGGGCAUCAUUCACGCUCCAAGAAGAACGAGUCGUACAGUGUGCAGGAGGACCUGGACAUUGUGAAGUACAUCGAUGCCUUCCAGGAGUACCAGCGCCUGGGUGGCCGGGAGGUGUGGAAGGAGAUGGAGCACUACUUCAAGUACAGACGGACUUGGCAGAGCCUGAAGGAAAGGUUUCGGAAGAGGAUAGCACCCAACCUCUGCACUUACAUCCAUUUUGGCCUGAAGUCUCAAGUGGUGGAGCGAAUGAAGCACAACAUUGUCAUUGAUGUGGAGCCGGGAAGGAGGCAGAGGAAGCGGCGCAAGGAAUUCAUCAAGGACGAGGACUUGUGCAUCCUCCACUUCAUCUCCGUCAACCAUCGUUACCAGGAAGUUGGUGGGGUCAUGAUGUGGAAGGAGAUGGCAAGCUGCUGUGAUGAGCUGGCUAACCACACCUGGCACAGUUUGAAGACCAGGUUUCACAAGAGGAUCCUCCCUAAUCUCAGCGACUACAACCUCCCUAACACUGUGGUGCUGCAACUACAAAAUAGAAAACGAAUCACGAAGCUGGACAGACCGAGGAGUUCCGAGAGUGACUCCUCGCUCAGAUACCCCAGGAAACGCAGAGAUAUGGCCACACCACGCAGGCAGAAUGCAUUCACCAAGAGGAGAGCACACCACAGGGACAGAAACACAGACUCAGACACAGACUCAGAUAACGAGGAGAUGUUUGACCAUCGUCGUACUCACAAGUCAAAGAAGAGGAAGUUGGAAAGAGCGUGGGAUGGCAAAGAAGGUAGCAUCUGUUUUGUUACUCGUACUUAUGAAUCGAGGAAUAAGAAGUCAGGGAGAGCAAGGGAUGAGGUGGAAAGUGAUGCAGAUGGUUUUAUUCCUCACACUCACAAACCAAAGAAGAGGGGAAGAGAAAGGGAUGACGUGGAAAGUGAUGCAGACGAUCCAGCUUCUCACACUCACAAUUCAAGGAAGCCAGGGAGAGCAAGAGCAAGGGAUGAGUGUGAGGAGAGUAACGAAGAUGACUGGGAACCCCCUCGCCCUCUACCCCUUCACCCAGACCCUAGGAAGACACCACAACACAAGGGCAAGAAGCAGCUGGUGGAAGAAGAUGGGGAUGACAAUGAGGAAGGCCCACAGCACACCAGCAAGCAAAGAACACAGAGAGGAGCACCAUUUGCCUCACCCUCCCGCCAGCUGACCAUCAAAAGGUUCUUGAAGGUAGGCAGGAAGGGACCCUCAUCACUUCACAGCAACAAUCCCACCAGCAGGAGGAGAGACAGAGAGAGGGAGGAGGAGGUGUUAAUAGAAGAUGAGGGUGAGCUGGUGGAUGAGGUAGGGUUGUUGGAAGAUGAGGAUGAGGAGGAAGAGGAAGUAGUGGAGGACGAGGACGAGGAGGUGGAGGAUGAGGAGGAGGAGAAGGGGGUGGAGGAGGUGGAGGUGGAGGUGGAGGUCCAUGCUGAAGCUUCCCCUCGUCCUCUGCCUUCAAAAGCUCAGCAGAAGGGCAAUAGACGACAAGAGGAAGAUAACAGCACCACCACCAAACACCACAGAACACAGCCAGUAAAGAUGUAUUCCAGGAGUGGUGCCUCACAUUCUUCUCCAACCAUCAGGAGCUUCUUAAAGAGUGGCAGAAGGGCUCUCUUGAUGCCAGACUUCUGUGACAACCUCUCCCCUAAGACCCCCUUCAGAAACGGCCCCUUAGACAGCAGAAGGCUCUUAGGCAGGAAGGAAGCAAAGGAAGGUCCAGCUGUUAAUACAGAGACAGAGAGGGAUGAGGUGAAAGUAGUUGCAGAGGAGGAGGAGGAGGAGGAGGAGGAGGAUGAAGAUAGCUUGCCUUCCUUGAUCAUUGAUAUCACACCAGAUGUUAGGAAAAGACUUGAGAAUGGUGCAGAGAAGGUACAGGUGCAGGAAGAAAGGGAAGAGCGGGAAGAGGAGAAUGUUAGGAAGCCGGUAGAUCAGUGGGAAGAAGAGGAAGAGCAGGAGGAGGAGAAUGUGAGGAAGCUGGGAGAUUGGCAGGAAGAAGAGCAGGAGGAGGAGAUUACAAGAAAGCCGAUAGAUCAGCAGGAAGAAGAGGAAGAACAGGAGGAGGAGAAUAUGAGGAAGCUGGUAGAUCAGCAGGAAGAGGAAGAACAGGAGGAGGAGAAUAUGAGGAAGCUGGGAGAUCAGCAGGAAGAAGACAAAGAGCAGGAGGAGGAUAUGAGGAAGCUGGGAGAUCAGCAGGAAGAAGAAGAAGAAGAAGAGCAGGAGGAGAAUGCGAGGAAGCCAGUAGACCAGCAGGAAGAAGAGGAAGAGCAAGAGGAGAAUGCGAAGAAGCCAGUAGAUCAGCAGGAAGAAGAGGAAGAGCAAGAGGAGAAUUCGAGGAAGCCAGUAGAUCAGCAGGAAGAAGAGGAAGAGCAGGAGGAGAAUGCUAGGAAGCUGGUAGAUCAGGAAGGAGAAGAAGAGCAGGAGGAGAAUGUGAGGAAGCCAGUUGAUCAGCAGGAAGAAGAGGAAGAGCAGGAGGAGAAUAUGAGGAAGCUGGGAGAUCACCAGGAAGAAGAGGAAGAGCAGGAGGAGAAUGCGAGGAAGCCGGUAGAUCAGCAGGAAGAAGAGGAAGAGCAGGAGGAGAAUGCGAGGAAGCUGGGAGAUCAGCAGGAAGAGGAGGAGGAGAAUGCAAGGAAACUGGUAGAUCAGCAGGAAGAAGAGGAAGAGCAGGAGGAGAAUGCUAGGAAGCCAGUAGAUCAGCAGGAAGAAGAGGAAGAACAGGAGGAGAAUGCAAGGAAGCUGGUAGAUCAGCAGAAAGAGGAAGAGCAGGAGCCUGUGGAGGAUGUACUAGAGGAGGAUGAAGAGGGCGAUGUGGACGUGGAGAACGAUAAUGGAAACUCACCUGCCUUAUCUCGUAACCUCACUGUGGAGGGUAGAGAGAUGUGCAGCCAGGGUGAGGUGACAGAGGAACAGAUGAUGGAGGAAGAUUACCUACCUUCCUUGUCUCUUGAGGUGGCUGAGAGUGGCAAGGAGGGUGAGGCGCUGAAAGAAGAUGCCAGGGAGGUGGUGAUGGAGGAGGAGGAGGAGGGUGAGAGUCAAGAUGAGGACUGUUCACAAUUCCUGAGCAGUUAUUUCAUCCCGGAGAGUGAAUUUUUUAAGAUGAUUGUUGCAGUGCCUAGUGAUGAUGCCACACACAGCUCACCUCCUCCCCAUCAGACCACACCUGUCCAUCUUGACAGCCCACACACCACACCUGUCCAUCAUGACAGCCCACACACCACACCUGUCCAUCUUGACAGCCCACACACCACACCUGUCCAUGACAGCCCACACACCACACCUGUCCAUCAUGACAGCCCACACACCACACCUGUCCAUCAUGACAGCCCACACACCACACCUGUCCAUCUUGACAGCCCACACACCACACCUGUCCAUCAUGACAGCCCACACACCACACCUGUCCAUCUUGACAGCCCACACACCACACCUGUCCAUCAUGACAGCUCACACACCACACCUGUCCAUCAUGACAGCCCACACACCACACCUGCCCAUCAUGACAGCCCACACACCACACCUGCCCAUUGUGACAGCCCACACACCACACCUGCCCAUCACGACAGCCCACACACCACACCUCACCGGCACAGCCCUGACAGCACCUCAUCCUUAUCAGUCCUGUGCAUCUCUCCUCACGACCCUCACUUUACGCACCACACACCCGACAAACCACUUCGUGUGGCCAGCCAAGAAAGCACACCAUCUGACCUCGAUCCUGACCUUCCCAGCCAGACACCGGAGGCACAGCAUGCACCCACCUCCCUAGUCCUCGUCCCUCUAAAGAAGACCAAUAUACUUUCGGAGAUCCUCAAGGUGAGUCCAAGCGACUCCUCAGCUCAUGAUUGCUCCACAGCCGACAACCAGGCUGCCUCGCGCUUGUCGAGCUCGGAUUCGGAAGCUACUGUUGUGGAUGUGGUGUCGCUGGAGGAGAGCCACACUCGUGCACCAGAGAGGCCGCAGAGGGAGGGCAGGAGUGUGGCUAGCUCCAGCAGAAACAUGCCAAGAGGCAAGCUCAGGAAACAAAAGAUCCGGAGGAGGAAGUAGCAGAUGGUGACAGGUGUUGGCUGUUUGUGUUGCCAAGCUGCAGAUGGAGUGUUUAGGAUCAGUGGUUUUUUUUUUUUUUUUACUGAAAUAUACUUUAAUAUUA